AUGUUGGAGAUCACUGACUUACUUUGUCAAGCUUUGCGAUGCCGAUCUCAAGACAUCUUAAAUGCUAUGAAUCUAAUUUCAUCUACCAAGGCACUUCUGCAAAAGUUUAGAGAUGACAAAUGGGAUGCUUUACUAGCCAAUGUGCAAUCAUUUUGCGAGAUAUUUUUUAUGCUGCAAGAUUCUCAACUUCAAGAAUUAAAUGGACGGUUCAGUGAACAUGCAGUAGAGUUGCUUAAUCUUAGCUCAGCUCUAGAUCCUCGAGAUGUGUCUGAAACUUUUAGAAUCGACGAUAUUGUCGUUAGUUAUUUUGAAAUAUGUAUGGUGGCGUGGUGGUGGCUGCAUUUUGCACCCUUCUUGGCAGAUGCAUUCGUUUGGGAUGCUCUUCGGAAGGCUGCAAGUUGCGCCUUGUCUAGGCAUUUCAAUGGGUCUAUAAGUAUAGGGCUGGUUAAGGGAUUUCACGGUGGAUUGUGUGCUAUUGCGAAUCAGGGGCAUCUUGGGCUGCCAAAGUUAUUGUUGAAGACCCUUAUCUGUUUGGGACAUGUUCUUGAACAAGUUUAUGAAAUUGGUGAUGCAAAGCGUUGCAUAAUUGUUGAUGAAGCUCGUGAUGAGUCAAAGAAGGAGCAAAUGGCUAUAGUUUUAAGAUUCAUUGACAAAGAUGGUUUUGUGAGAGAGCGUUUUUUUGGGCUUAUUUAUGUCUCUAACACUGCUGCAUCAACCCUAAAAGAUGGAAUAUAUUCUGUAUUGUCUCAUCACAAUUUAGAUAUUCAGAAUAUUCGAGGACAAGGAUACGAUGGUGCAAGCAAUAUGCGAGGUGAGUGGAAAGGAUUACAAGCAUUAGUUUUGAAUGAUUGUCCAUAUGCUUAUUAUAUUCAUUGUUUUGCACAUCGUUUGCAGUUGGCUUUAGUGGCAGCAUCGAAAGAUGUUAUCGCAAUUCAUAAAUUUUUUCUUAAAUUGACUUUUGUUGUCAAUGUUGUUGGUGCCUCAUGCAAGCGCAAUGAUGAAUUAAAAGUUGCACAAGCUGCUGAAAUUGAACAUAUGAUUGACAUUGAUGAGCUCGAGACUGGAAAGGGACUUAACCAGAUUGGCACUUUACAACGAGCUGGAGAUACUCGUUGGAGUUCUCACUUCAAGUCAGUUUCAAGCUUAAUAAAAAUAUUCAGUCCAACAUGUGAAGUUCUUCUUAAUAUCAUUAAUGAAGGAACGACUUCUGCCCAACGAGGAGAUGCAGACUCAGCUUAUGAAACAUUGACUUCAUUUGAAUUUGUCUUGUUUUUGCAUCUCAUGAAAGAAAUGUUGGAGAUCACUGAUUUACUUUGUCAAGCUUUACAAUGCCGAUCUCAAGACAUCUUAAAUGCAAUGAAUCUAGUUUCAUCUACCAAGGCACUUCUACAAAAGUUUAGAGAUGGCAAAUGGGAUGCUUUACUAGCCAAUGUGCAAUCAUUUUGCGAGGUACGUAACAUAGAUGUCCCGAAUAUGAAUGCUCCUUAUAUUAGGAGAAGAGGUCGAGCUCGUGAUCAUCAAGAUGACUUUACAGUUGAGCAUUAUUAUCGAGUAGAUAUUUUUCAUGCUGCAAUAGAUUCUCAACUUCAAGAAUUAAAUGGACGGUUCAGUGAACAUGCAGUAGAGUUGCUUAAUCUUAGCUCAGCUCUAGAUCCUCGAGAUGUGUCUGAAACUUUUAGAAUCGACGAUAUUUGUCGGUUAGUAGAAAAUUUUUAUCUGCAAGACUUCAAAGAUCAAGAGAAAAUACAGUUGAGAAUGCAACUUCACCAUUACGAGCAUAAUGUAGUUCAGCAUGCAAAUUACAAAAAAUUGUCUACUAUUUCUGAAUUGUGUCAGUGGUUGGUAAGGACAAACAAAUCUACAAUCUAUCAACUUGUUUAUAGAGUCAUUACACUUGUUCUUACUCUACCAGUUUCUACUGCAAUUACGGAGCGAUCAUUUUCAGCCAUGAAAAUUGUCAAAAGUAGACUUCGCAACAAAAUGGAAGAUGAAUUUCUUACAGACUCUUUGCUUGUGUACAUUGAAAAGGAAAUUGCUGAACAUUUUACCACAGAGUCAAUCAUUGAAGACUUUCGAGAUAUGAAAGAACGUCGAGUUCCACUUUGA